UGUGCGGCGCCGGCGGAGCUCGAUCGCAGCGCGGGAGGAAAGCGGCCCCGAGAAGCGCCGCCUGCCGGAGUCCGCCUGGAGAUGCCCUGUAUCCAAACUCAAUAUGGGAGCUUACUUCAGAGUGGAGGACCCUGUGAGCGCUACCCUGCAGACCUCUUGACCCCUGAGUUUGGCAAGUCCACCAUGGACCUGGUAAACGCGGAGAUCGCUGCUGCCACCACCUCUCUGCCCAGCUUCAGCACAUUCAUGGACAAUUACACUGGUGAAUUUGACGCUUUCCUCUACCAGAUCCCAGCAGCAAACCCCACUACAGCAUCCUUUAAGUUGGAGGAUUUCCAAGUCUACGGCUGUUACCCGGGCUCUUUCAGCAGCCAGUUGGAUGAGACCAUGUCCUCAAGUGGCUCAGACUAUUAUGGCAGUCCAUGCUCCAUCCCCUCUCCUUCCACACCAAGCUUCCAGACUUCCCAGGGGCCAUCUUGGGAGAACUCCUUUGGGGCCUAUUCCCCCACUCACACCUAUGAGGGCAUGAGACCGUGGGUGGCCGGAGCGACAACGGAGUCACCAAAAACUGCUUCUACUCAGCCUUCCUACUUCUCCUUUGGCAGCUCCACGCACAGCCCUGGGAUCCCCCCACAGAGUCCCUUGAAGAUGCAGUCGGCUGCCCACCAGCACUUGGUGGACGGAGAUGUAUUCUCGCUUCCACAAACCUCCCCUUCAGUGAGCUUUUCCCCUUUGCCACUCAACCAGGCCUCUCCCAUCCUGGACAGCCCUAGCUUGAUGGACAAUUCCCUCUCUCCAACAAAGGCACGGAGUCCUGGUUCCAAUGAGGGGCGCUGCGCUGUGUGUGGGGACAAUGCCUCAUGUCAGCACUAUGGUGUCCGGACCUGUGAAGGCUGCAAGGGUUUUUUCAAGCGCACGGUACAGAAGAAUGCCAAGUACAUCUGCCUAGCUAACAAAGACUGCCCUGUGGAUAAACGACGGAGAAACCGGUGCCAGUUCUGCCGUUUCCAGAAGUGCCUUGCCGUGGGAAUGGUCAAAGAAGUGGUGCGGACAGACAGCUUGAAAGGCCGCCGCGGUCGGCUGCCCUCCAAACCCAAACAAGCUCCAGAUGCUUCCCCAAUCAGCCUCAUCUCCUCUCUUGUGAGAGCGCACAUCGAUUCCGUACCCAGCGCCACUAAACUUGAUUAUUCCAAGUUCCAGGAAACUGUCUCAUACCAGUUUGAAAAGGAAGACUGUAUGGAUGUGCAGCAGUUCUAUGACCUGUUGACAGGCUCAAUGGAUGUGAUCCGGAAAUGGGCAGAGAAGAUCCAGGGCUUCCUAGAACUUCCGAAAGAGGAUCAAGACCUGCUUUUGGAAUCUGCUUUCCUUGAACUCUUCAUUCUCCGGCUAGCUUACAGGUCGAAGCCAGAAGAGGGCAAGCUGAUCUUCUGCAACGGUGUGGUGCUGCAUCGCAUGCAAUGUGUCCGGGGCUUUGGGGAAUGGAUAGAUUCCAUUAUCGAAUUCUCCCAGAGCCUCCAUCGCAUGAACAUUGAUGUGCCCUCCUUCUCCUGCCUUGCUGCACUUGUCAUAAUCACAGACCGCCACGGGCUAAAAGAGCCCAAGAAGGUUGAGGACCUCCAGAACCGCAUUGUCAGCUGCCUUAAAGACCACGUGACUUCUACCACCAAUGAACAGGUGCAUCCAAACUGCCUCUCCAAGUUGCUAGGCAAACUCCCAGAACUCCGCACCCUCUGUACCCAGGGCCUGCAGCGCAUCUUCUACCUGAAGCUGGAGGACUUGGUGCCACCACCUCCCAUUGUGGAUAAAAUAUUCAUGGACACUUUGCCUUUCUGAGGACUCAACUGGGGACACUGCCAUGCGCCGGAUGCUCUCUUGGGGGGGAGGGAGGUUUUUUCUUCUCUCCCACAUCCCCCUCCCCGGAUAGAGAGAAACUGGCAGGAGACAUUCCCUGCCGUCCACUAUCUGGAGGGGAGCCUGCAGGAACCAUUUCCAGAGACGUUGGAAGGGCAUUGGCAGAGGCCAGUGGUUCAGGACUGACGGUCGUGGAAGAGCCAAUGCCACCUUCCCCCUUUCGGGCUUUAAGCUUAUAGGCUACUGGGACAUUCAGAGAUGCCAGAAGUUGUCUCUGAACUCGGGACAACUUCUUGGGUUUCUCUUUUUUUAACCUUUUGGGGGGAAAUUUUAGUGUGCCUUCUGGAGUUUCAUGCACAAUGACCCUAAAUGAUGCUGCCUUUCCCCAUGGCCUGCUGACCGCUUCUUGUGCAAUAGAGCACCUAAAUUCCGUGCAAUUGCACCGGUUGGUUUUCUGGAACACUUUCUGGAAUGCUGUCCAUUUUUGCAGGCAAGGGACUUGAGAUGCGACGAGUUGCCUUCUCGUUUCGUUUUUUCCCCCUCCAUGCUGUCGGCCCUGCCGGCCCUGGUUUGUCAAGCCCAGCUGAGACUUCGCUCCCAGACGUGGGACUUGGAAUUUCCUCACCUGCUUGCCCAGAAGGCCCCUGCCUCCGGCACUUGUGGCAACGGGGGCUGUUGCGCCGUAAAUAAGCACGUGUCCACUGGAUGGUUUUCCUCCCACCUGCUGCUUUUGUCGAUUGCAGUCAAGUUUUUGUCAGAUUCCCUUUUUGUAAAAGUUGUAUAUAUAUAUAUAUAUAUAGAUAUAAAUAAGAAUAGCAUGUCAGUCUUUGUAAAUACAGAUGAAUGAAGAGCAGAGGUUAGAAUGGGAAGGAAAGAGGGCUCUUAUGUCUGGCAAUUGUGCAAUGUCCUGUGCCUGCAGGACACCCUCUGCCUUUCUGUGUAUAUAAACUUUAUAUUGUAAAGUCUAUGAUUUUUUUGACAUUUAUAUUUGUCUAUCCCCGCUUUCCAAUUUCCAGUAUGUGACUUUUCAAUUAUUAAUAUAUAUUUAAUAUAUUGAAUAAAAAAUACCCUGAGUAGAUGU